AAAACUCUGGAUUUUUUAAAUAGGUGUGGACUCCGCUUGCCGAGCAAAACAGCCACCAAGCGAUCGCUCGAUCUCUCCCGCCGUUCUCCUUUCCAAUCACAGAUCAUGAAGCUUGUUCAUCGUGAUCUCGUCCGUCGCGGCCCCGGAUGCGUCAAAAUCGUCCCAGAAGAGGACGAUGAUAUGUGGCAUGCCUACAAUCUGAUCUGUAUUGGCGAUUCAGUUCAAGCUGUUACUGUCAGGAAGGUUGUACGUGAUCUGGCAUCUGGAGGCCGAGACACUGAGCGUGUUAAGUUAAAGUUGGAAAUUAAAGUUGAGAAUGUGGAUUAUGAUAAAGAGGGAUCAGUAUUGCGUAUAAGGGGAAAGAAUAUCCUUGAGAGUGAACAUGUUAAGAUUGGACAAUUCCAUACGUUAGAGAUUGAGCCGCAUAGGCCACUUUUGAUAAGAAAGGAAAUUUGGGACUCAGUAGCUCUUGAUAUUCUUCAUCAGGCUUGUGAUCCUGGCGCCAGUGCUGACCUUGCUGUUUUACUUAUGCAAGAAGGACUUGCUCACUUGUUCCUUGUAGGGAGAAGCAUAACUACUACUCGUGCCCGAAUAGAGACCUCUAUUCCUCGUAAGCAUGGACCUGCAGUUGCUGGUUAUGAAUCGGCUUUGAAGAAAUUUUUUGAGAAUGUUCUCCAGGCUUUUCUGAAGCAUAUUGACUUUAAAGUUGUCCAAUGCGUAGUACUUGGAAGUCCAGGCUUCACAAAGGAUCAGUUCCGUGACUACUUGCUUUUAGAAGCAGAACGAAGAGACUUGAGAGCCAUAAUAGAGAAUAAAUCACGCAUAAUUCUUGCUCACUGUAAUUCUGGAUACAAACAUAGCUUGAAGGAGGUGUUAGAUGCCCCAUCAGUAAUGACUUUAAUAAAAGACACAAAAGCUGCACAAGAGGUUCGCACUUUGAAGGAUUUCUAUGCUAUGCUUUCAAAUGAUUCUGCACGUGCUUGUUAUGGACCAAAACAUGUUGAGAUUGCGCAUGAGCGAAUGGCCAUCCAAACACUUCUGAUUACAGACAGUCUUUUUAGGACAGAUGCGCACGAAAGGGGGCCUCAACUAGCUUCUUUGUGAAAGAGGCCUUCACCAAGUUCUGCCCCUAUAUACCACUAGAUGUCAUAUUUUGAUGGAGCAAGACAAGGGAGACAGUAAAUAGGCUUAUGCAAGAUACGCAAGCUAGUGGUGGCCUGAUUUUAGUUGGCCACUAUGAUGUAUAAUUAUUUACAUUCUCACAGACAAAAUUUCAAAUUUGGGCCUUUGUAAAUUUUAUUCCUUGAAGGAAAAAGUUGCAAACUUGAAGCUGACUGACCUCUUGUACCCAACUUUCUAAAGUAAUAUUGCUGUCAUUUGAUGGACAUUUUUUGUCAAUGAGUUCAAAUGCAUUUGAAGGCAAAAUUUUAUUAGAGGAUUGAUAACAAGAAAAACCUUUGGCCUCUUGGAAAGCAAAAGAAAUAGGCACAUUUACACCACAGUAAGAAGCAAAUAAUUCAUAUGCUAUAUAUUCAUUAUGUUGCUUUUUUCAAGAACUAUACGUGACAAUUGUUUGCAAUUAGUCGACUGCUUAUGAAGUCUUGGAUUUAGCAAGUUCUUUCAUAAUCUGUUUAGUUGAUUUUCUAUUUAUGCUAAAUCUGAAUUUUAGAAUUGCAGGAUUUACAUAAUUUCUUUUUUUUUUCCUCAGAAAUUCUGACAUUGCCACAAG